UUCAUUUGGAAUAAAGGUCAUAGAACUGAUGUAAACCAAUCAUUUUAUUUGUACAGUUUCAUUAAUAAAGUAAAUAAUAAUCACAAUAUCGUAAACAACGGCUUGCCAACCAUAUCGAUAAUAUAAAAAACGAUUUUAUUUUGAAAAGAGAAAAUUGAACUGUACAUUAACAUCGUUAUGAAUUUCGAUCAUUCCUCAAAUCUUUACAAAACAUCAUAGUGAAACGAUGAACUUAUAAUUUCAAACAUUGUUCUUGUUAAUUUUCAGUGUAAAUGUGGAGCUGAGACGAUAAAAAACAUAAACUCACAUUGAAACAAAAUAAUUUUAAGCAUAUGCAAAACUGAUUUCUGAAGCAUAUGUUCCUUAAUUUAACUCCAUUGCACAAACUAUGUAGCAUCUAAGUAUCAAACAGUCUAACCGUAUUCAAUUCCAUAAAAAAAAAUACAUAUAAAUGAGUAAUUUCUGGAACUCAAGCAACCAUCAGUUAAUAAGGAAACAUCAACUCGACUGAUACAUUUAUCAGCUUAUGUUUUAUUUGACCAGGAAUCAUUAAGAACUUUCCGUAAGUAACAGCUUUUUGGUGACUGGUGAACAUUCACUGGAAACAUGAAGUUAAUUUCAAUUAAAAUUAAACUUGAUUUUCAAAAUUAAUUAAUAUCCAAUAAAUAAAUUAUUGUUGUAUAACAUGAGAGUGAGAGAAAGAUUUCAACAAGAUUCAUUCAAAUCAAAUUACAAUUUUAAAACAAUCAGUUUCACUAAUUCACAAUGGUUACAACAAUUAUUAUCCAUUGCAAUACGUUUAAAUAAUACUACAAAUAUUCAAGAUAAUAUAUUAUCUUCUGAUAAUCCUACCAUUACUAAUAAUAAUAUUCAUAAUGAUAUUAUUAAUGGAACAGUACCAAUUACCACAACUGGUUGUAUUAUAUUAGAAUUGUAUGAUAAAAAUCCAAUAUUUCUUUAUGAUCAAGAAGAUUUUCAUGAUAUUAAUUAUUCUAUAUUAAAAAUGCAAAUUAUUGUAUGGACACAAAAAUAUAUUAAACCAGAUGAUUUAUUUAUGGAUUGGUUUGAAACUGUCAAUAGACAAAUUUAUUAUAAUAAAAAAAAUUAUCAUAAAAAUGAACAUUUAAUAAGUUAUGAUAAUGAAUUAUCUAUUACAAAUGUAACAUUUUGUACGGAAAAUUUAAAAAGUUUAAUGAUUAAUAAUGAUAAUCAUAUAUUUAAUAAAUUAAAUAAUUAUGAUUUAAAUCAUGAUAAUUUAAAUACUAAAAAUAUAACAAAAUCUGAUAAAUAUGGCGGAAACGAAGUGCAAAUUUUAAUCGUGAUUACUCUUUGUUCUGUGCUCAUUAUUUGCUUUCUGAUGGCUGUUGUUUUACGUAUUAGAAGUUUUUGUAAACGUCAAACAGAAUCAAGAAAACAAAUGCGUAACGAUCGUGAUUUAGCAUUACAAAUCAAUUUUCCAUAUGAUGUUAAUGAAAUACAAGUUGCAGAAAAACUACCUGUACCAAGUACAACAUUUGGUAGUAAUACACAUCCUGGACAAACUAAAAAAAGAAUCGGUGUUUAUAGAUAUAAUCGUAUACCACAAUCAAAAUAUAAUUCAAUACAAAAUUAUAACAGGGUAUUUAAUGCUCAAACAUAUCAACCAUCUACUGUUUUUGUGAUAGACUGUCAAGGCGCUGAUUAUUGCAAAAAAUCGCAUAAUAAAUGGCUAACAAAUCAUGAGUUUCAUCGUCAAUAUUUAUCACAAUCUAGAAAAUCAGAAAAUUUGAUCCAUUCAUUUCCAAAUCGAACAUUAAAUCUCAAGUCACAAGUAAAAUCUUUCAGGAAUGAUGAUGAAGACCAAAAUAAAACAAUGAUGAAAACACAUGGAGCAAAUAAUUAUUUGAAUAAAUCAAUUCAACGAACUAAUAGUUUUUAAUAUGUUUUCUAUUAUACAUUGAAUGAUCAUUGAUAAUACAUAAUGUUUAUAACAUAUUACUUAUAAAAAGAUACAUUCAUUCUAAAAGAUGACAUUUGAUAAGUUGAUCGGAUCAUGAUAGAUUGAUUAGAUAAUAUGAACAAAUAUCGAUACAUAUAUAUAAUUAAUUAGAUAAUGUUACCAAUGAAAUAUAAUUAUAGAGAGCACUAUUAGUUUGUAGAAUAUAAUGUAUAAACUUAUGCAUAAGUAUAUAUUGAUGAUUUAGGUUGAAAUUAUUUUAUUCUGUAAAAAUAUAUUCUUUUUCUAUAAAUACAUAUAAUGUAUUUUGAAUAUUUUGUUUUUGAACAAUAUAUAAUAAAAG